GAAGCACUAAACUAAGUAUAGGACUAAAAACCAAGUUUUGUCAAGUGGGUUGCUAACAGCAAUAUAUAUUGAUAAGCAGAUUAUAUUUGAUUUACUUUGUUGUACUAAGUUGAAACAGUAAGAUGUUGCACUUUAGGUUUGCAUUGGUUCUAUGUUGUGUAGUUAUCGCUAGUGGAAGUUUAAGGAUUCCACUAAAAAAAAAUGUAUCACCAAGAACAACCUUGAAGCAACUUGGUGCUCACUAUGAAGACGUUAAACUAAGGUACCGCAGUGAUAGUGUUCCUGAACCAUUAACAAAUUAUUUGGAUGCUCAGUAUUUUGGUGAUAUUACUAUUGGAACCCCACCCCAAAAAUUCACGGUUAUUUUCGAUACUGGCUCUUCCAAUCUUUGGGUACCUUCUGUGAAGUGUUUGAGUGUAGCUUGCUGGUUUCACAAACGGUAUAACGCAAAAAAAUCUUCAACUUAUAAGGAAAAUGGUACCGAGUUUGAAAUAACUUACGGCUCUGGCAGUAUGAAAGGGUUUUUGUCCAGCGAUGCAGUGUCUGUUGGUGCUGCUACUGUUAAAGAACAAACCUUUACUGAAGCUACCACAGAACCAGGUGUAGCUUUUGUUGCAGGAAAAUUCGAUGGUAUUCUAGGACUUGGGUAUCCAAGACUUUCUGUAGAUGGAGUUAAACCAAUUUUUUAUAAUAUGAUUGAUCAAAAACUAGUAGACGAACCUGUUUUUAGUUUCUAUCUCAACAGAGAUACAGAAGGUACCGUUGGUGGAGAAAUUAUUUUUGGUGGUUCUGACCCACAAUACUAUGAAGGUGAAUUGACCUACGUAAAUGUUACUAGACAAGCUUAUUGGCAAAUCAAAACUGAUAGCAUUCAAGUUGGAAGUCAGACUUUCUGUGACGGAGGAUGUCAGGCCAUUGUUGAUACAGGUACUAGUUUAUUAGCUGGACCAACAAAAGAAAUUAAAGCUCUAAACAAAGCCAUUGGAGCCGUCUCAAUUUUAGGCGGAGAAUACAUGAUUGACUGCAAGAAAAUACCAACACUACCAAAUAUCACUUUUGUUAUUGGUGGUAAUUCAUUUGAGCUAACCGGAAAAGAUUAUAUCUUGAAAGUUGACUCUGGAUUGGGCAUUAGCGAGUGCAUUUCCGGAUUUUUGGGCUUGGAUGUGCCAGAACCAGCAGGUCCCCUAUGGAUUUUGGGCGAUGUUUUUAUUGGAAAAUACUAUACUCUUUUCGAUGUUGGUAAUAAUAGAGUUGGAUUUGCGCCAUCGAAAAAUAAUUAAAUUUUAUUUUGUUAAAUAAAUUCGAAGCAUAUUGAGAGA